GCAAUACAGUCCUUAUUGUUUUUGUGAGUUACUUUGGAAGUCGUGUUCACAGGCCAAGGCUGAUUGGACUAGGCGGGAUCUUAAUGUCAUUUAGUGCCCUUAUACUGACACUGCCCCAUUUCCUGUCUCAGCCUUAUGAAUAUUCCACUGUACUGAUAGGAAACCUAUCCCGAGACAUGUGCCUCCCAGAGGGCAAUGCCUCUUCCCUUCCUCCCACUGGGCACUGCAGUGAUGGGGACUCCAGGCAGCUUAGCGAGACGAACAACCUGUGGCUCCUGAUGGCAAUUGCCCAGCUGCUGUUUGGGGUUGGCUCAGUGCCCAUUCAGCCUUUUGGCAUUUCCUACGUGGACGACUUUGCAGAAUCAGGAAAUUCCCCAAUUUAUAUAGCCAUUCUCUUUGCAGUGGCAGUGUUUGGGCCAGCCUUAGGGUACCUGCUUGGCUCAGUGAUGCUUCGGGUCUAUGUUGAUGUGGAUAAAAUCAAUCCAGGCAGCAAGCUGGAGCUAAACGCUUCUGACCCUCGCUGGAUAGGGGCAUGGUGGAUGGGGCUGUUGGUAUCUGCAGGGAGCCUGGCUGUCACCUCUAUACCUUACUUCUUUUUCCCCCGGGAAAUGCAAGGAGAAUCCAGCAAGGUAAGCGGAACUGAAGCUGAUGUUUUAAAAGAGGACCUGCAGGAGGACCAAAUCUCACUAUUUGACUUUCUUAAGAAGUUUCCACGAAUGACUGUGAAGCUGCUGCUAAAUCAGGUUUUCCUGCUGCUGGUGUUGGCCCAGUGCUGCUUCUCCUCCGUGAUUGCUGGCCUUGCAACUUUCCUGAACAAAUUCCUGGAAAAGCAGUAUGGCACGACUACUGCCCAUGCCAACCUUCUCAUUGGCUCCAUUAACCUACCAGCAGCUGCUGUGGGAAUGCUGCUGGGUGGGAUUAUCAUGAAGCGGGGUGGUCUGUCGCUUAAAGGAAUCCCAAAGUUUUCCAGCGUUAUACUGCUCAUCUCCAUCUGUCUCUGUAUUCCCCUAUUUUUCAUGGGCUGCUCCACACAGAACAUUGCGGGGGUCAAUGUUCCCUACAGACUCUCGAAUAGCAGCUUCCAGUCCUCACGUUCCCAGUUGCAGUGCAACUCUGACUGUUCCUGCCCUCAGAAUGCCUUCCACCCUGUCUGUGGCUCAGAUAACACUGAGUACUUGUCGCCUUGUCAUGCUGGCUGUACCAGCUUUGUGUUUGACUCUGAGCUUAGCAGGGUUCAGAACUACACCAACUGCAGCUGCAUUGGUGAAGGAGAGGAUCCUGGCUCGGCUAGCCCUGGCUCCUGUGCCAACAGCUGCCCCCGCUUCCUCCUGCCAGUCAUGUUCCUCAUCUCCUUUGCUAGCUUCAUAGCCAGCCUCUCGCACAACCCUGUCUACAUGAUGGUCCUCAGAACUGUGGACCAGAAAGAAAAAUCUUUCGCCAUUGGAGUACAGUUCUUGCUGAUGAGAGUGCUAGCUUGGUUGCCAGCUCCAGCCAUAUUUGGAGUGCUGAUUGAUUCCUCCUGCAUCAGGUGGAAAGAGAUAUGUGCAAACAAGGCUGGAGCUUGCAGUUACUAUGACAACAACCUCCUUAGGAACAGAUACUUGGGCAUACAAGUUGGAUUUAAAGCCAUGGGGAUUGUUUUGCUAGCUCUGGUUGGGUGGAAAGUGCAUCGAACCAAUGCUUACAGCUUUCAGAAGAGACCCGAAGGGCCUGUUUGAAAUCUGUGCUCCUGUUUCCGCAGUACAUACGGAAAAACUAAAUGUGAAAUUGGUUUGCAUGAUUUCAUCUUUCAUUUCGGUUUGUUGAAAGUGACAUUGUAUUUCCGGGCCUUUAAAAUGGUCAUUCUGCUGAAGAAGGAAGAAAGUUAAACACUCCAGCACAAGAGCUCUUGACAUCGCCAAGCUUGGAAUACCUCACAUUACCCACCCUCUGUUGGAUUUUACUCAUUUGCUAAGAAAGCCAUUCCCUUUUCAGGGAAUAGUUUGGACAUCAUAUGAUUAUUUUUCAUAAUUAAUAAAUGGUUGGUAGUGACAGCAAGUGCUGAUAAAUGUUACAGAUUCAAAGCUCUGCUAUUUCAACUGUUAUUUAUUAGCUUUUCUGGGAGGCGUGAAAGAGAUAAUCUUUACAUUUGAUCCUUUCUUCUUUUACUCUAAACUUCUUGAUACAAUCACUUUUUUUGUGUUUUGGGGAAUCUUCCCUCAAGGUAAAAUCGCACUGACAUCAGGAAUGAGAAAUUAAUUGAUUGCUAAUAAGCCAUUUGGCUACAUAGGUAAUAAAAAUUAAGUAUGAAGUGAAUAUGAAUAAAGCAGAAGCAUUUUAGACUGUGGGCUCUAUCGUAAUGAGCUUAACAUACCCUUAUUAUAUUUUUGUUAAUUGCCUGUUAUAUUGUGUAUUGUAUAUAACUAAGUCUACCAUAUUUUAAUUUUGUUAACUCUAGACGAACAUUGAACAAAUAAACUGAUAAAAUAUAUCAUUUUUUUUAUGACAGCACCACUAUAUACAAAACAUUACCACCCUACUGUCAAUGACGAAUCAGAUUGAUUAACAGUUCCCAUUUUCAAAGGGAGUGUAAUGUGAAUUAAUUGAAAUCAAAAAUACAGGGGCUGAAUUUUUUAAAGAAGGGUGAAGUACAAGCUGUAUGUGCUGUAUGUAAUGUAACAAGUAUCUAGUUUGGUUUUAUAGUUGUAUAUUUUAAUUUUAUUAAUGUAUCAUCAUUGGAUUCUUCACUUGAAAAACUGUUUUUUUGUCAAAAAUGUAAUAUUUCAUAAGGUUUGAGUUUUAAAAAAGUAUAGCUCUGACUGUUACUAGAUGAAACACUAUGCUGGCUUUAACACCAUGAGAAGUAUUUGCUCCUUCUUUAAUAAAGACAUUUUAAAAAUAGCUACACAAGAGUUGAGAUUUUUCUCCAGACAGCUAGAUUUGUAAAAUGUCACAUUGCCACAAUAUCUGUUUUCCUCUAAAUAAAAAGUAGACCUCCCUUUUUUCCUGGUGCAGAGUAAAGUUUAAUGUGGUUGAAAUUAAAUUAAUUGUACUAUAUUUGUUUUAAGGAGUGUGUUAUUUUUAGCCUAAUAAAGAAGCAAUGUUUUGAUAUCAAACAUCUCACACUUGGAAAAUGUUUAUAAGACUACAGACAUUUUUGAAAUUCUCCUGCUUACUCCUAGUACAAGAGAUUAAUUUACGUUUACACAUCAUAAUUUUUGUAUUUAGCAUCAAAUUACAGUUUACAUAAGAUCACAGCUGUGUGACUAAAGUCAGAAGCACAAAGAUUUUAUCUAGAAGCUGUAUAUGGUUUAAAUUAAUGUUUAAACUAAUGUACAACAUUAAAAAUAUACAGUAUGUCUAUAGCAAUUUGAUAUCAUGCCAUUUUGAUAUAUUUUGUUAGAAAAGACAUAAUAAAUAUAAAAAUGCU